UCAACUGUCACAUGACAAUCAAAAUUUGGUCAAGGUUAUGUUAUGUGUUUUGUUCUAACGGUGCAUAUAAUUAUCAAGUUUUUUUAUGGUUUUGUCCAAAGAAGUCGUACAAAAUAUUUACUAUGCAUAGAAAUAGGGUAUGGUGUAAAUUUACAUCAUUAUGCAGUAUUGUCAUCUGUGAAAAUAUUUUGACAGAUAAAGCCAUAGAAGAAUAUCUAACACAGCUGGAGGAUGGUUGGCUGUCGGAAGACGGAAUGGAGGCUGAAGAUUCUGACGAUGAUAACUUACCUGAUCCUCACUAUACAAGAGACGAACCUCUAAGUAUAUUAGAUGAUGUAAAUGAUGAUGAAGACUGGCAGGAUGUUAAUGAAAAUGACCCUCCUCUUGUUGAAGAAAUGGUGGAAGAACAAGAAAGCCAAAGCAGAGUUCCUUGUGGUGCUAUUUUCAGCACAUUAUUGGACAAAAGAAAACUGAUUUGGAAAAAGAGAAACAUGGAAUUUGAUGAGGAUAAAAUUACAUUCUUAGGCAGGUCAGCCUUUCCUAUAGAAAUAUCCCAGCUUGAAACUCCAUACCAAUGUUUCAAAUAUUUUUUGGAUGAUGAUUUUAUUCAGAAAAUUGUUGAUCAAACUAAUUUAUAUAUCAUGCAAAAAGAUACCAACAGCAAAAUAACUUAUACUGCGUUAGAUAUCAAGAAGUUUUUUGGGAUAUUAUUAUUCAUGUCUGUGCAAAGAUUUCCAAAUACCAGAUCAUAUUGGUCUCCUGCCUUUGGUUAUGGUCCAGUUUUAUCCACUAUGCCAGUCAACAAAUUUGAAAGAAUGAAGCUCUCAUUGCACUUUCAAAAUAAUGAUGAUCACAAACCUGUUGGCCAUCCCAAUCAUGACAGGUUAUUUAAAAUACGUCCAGUUAUUGAGCACCUCAGAGCAAAAUUUUCUACUGUACCAAUGGAGCAAAGAUUAUCAGUCGAUGAGCAGAUGUGUGCCACAAAAGUGGCUCAUUUUUUGAAACAAUAUCUGCCUAAUAAACCCCACAAAUGGGGGUUUAAAUUGUAUGUACUGUGUGAUUUAUCAGGAUAUGCUCAUACAUUUGAAUUGUAUUCAGGACGGGAAGACCAGAAGGAGAGCCUGAUAUAGGAGCCACAGGGAAUGUAGCCAUUCGUUUGCUAAGAGGCGUGCCAAGAUAUCAAAAUCACAUAAUUUACUUUGACAAUUUUUACACAUCAUUGCCCCUGGUUCAUUAUUUAGCCAAGCAAGGAAUUCUAUCAGUGGGUACUGUACAACAAAAUCGGAUACCUAACUCAAAAUUACCAGACAAAAGGGAGUUUAUGAAAAAGUCUGUACCACGAGGAAGUCAUGUCGAAAGAACAUCUACAUUUGAUGGUGUUGAUAUGUCUUGUGUCACCUGGAAAGACAACAAAAUGGUGACACUUUUAUCAACAUAUGUGGGGUCAACACCAAUAUCUAGUGUCACUAGGUAUGACAAGACAAAGAAGGAAAAGGUUGAAAUUCCAUAUCCAAAAAUUGUUUUAGAAUACAACAAACAUAUGGGGGGAGUUGAUUUAAUGGACAGUUUUUUGGGGAGGUUCCAUAUUCCUUUGAGGUCGAAAAAAUGGUAUUUACGCAUAUUCUUUCAUCUACUUGAUCUUACAGUCAUAAAUUCUUGGAUUAUUUACAAAAAAAAUGCAAUCAUUCGAAAUAUACCAAAAAAGGAUAUACUUUCCAUGGGACAAUUUCGUAAUGAAUUAGCUCAAGUUUUGUGCUCAAUAGGAUCCAGCACAGAGGUCAGAAGAGGACGUCCUAGUUCCAGCUUUGUGGAAAAUGAAAUCCAGGCAAAAAAGAAGAGAGGACCUGCAGUUGUUCCUCCACCAAAAGACCUAAGAAUGGAUGGCAGUGACCAUUGGCCACAAGUUGGCAUUUCUCUGCGAAGCAAAUACCCACAUUGUAAAGGCUAUUCAACAAUAAGCUGUAUCAAAUAUAAGGUUAACUUAUGCCUGAACAAAAACAAUAACUGUUUUGUUCAUUUUCACCAAAAUUGAAGGUAUAAAUGAAAGGUAUUAGUGACUUAAUUUAUUAUUUCAAUUUUGUACUAAGUUCAUAUGUUCAUUCUGCAUAAUGAUGGAAGUUUACA